AUGGAUAUUGUCGAUCGGGACAUGCAGCGGGCUGAGGUCCAGGCCACGCGCCAAUGGUCUCAUGAAAGUAAAGAGCGUCGGUCAUUGCGCAGCCAGAGAUCUCAACAAUCUGUCAUUUCCAGUUCGUCGGGCUCCAGCACAUCUUCCGCUCCUGAUAUGGGCAGAAUAGCCACCGCUGGAGCCUCAAGCGCGAAUGUUCCUUCGACAAGGGCCGUUAGGACGAGGACCCAUCCCAUCGAAGACCUUAGGACGGAAACACAUCGUUUGCAACAAAUCCAGACCGUGGGGGCGAGUGUAAAGUCCAAGGCGGACACCAGACCUCUCCCCGAAUUUGGCGGUGGAAAACCAUAUCCUCCCGAUCUGCCAGCGCAGGAAGAGUACGUCGUGGAGUUCGAUGGCAAAGACGACCCUCUCCACCCUCAGAAUUGGCCCUUCCGGAGAAAAUUCUACAUGGGUGCAAUUCUGGCUUAUGUCUGCUUGUGCAGUACUUUUACUUCCUCUAUUUUCUCCGCGUCCACCUUCAGCGUGGCGGCUCAUUUCGGGGUCAGUCCCGAAGUAGCCACUCUUAGCACGUCCCUGUACGUCCUGGGGUACGCGUUUGGCCCGCUGAUAUGGGGACCUUUCUCAGAAUUGCAAGGUCGAAAACUCCCCAUCAUGGUCGCAAUGUUUGGUUUCUCGGUCUUUUGCUUCGGUUGCGCGACAGCGAAGGACCUACAGACGCUCAUGAUCACCCGAUUCUUUACCGGUUUCUUCGGCUCAUGUCCACUGGCUGUCGUUGCCGCCGUCUUCGCCGAUAUGUUUGACAACACGCAAAGAGGCACGGCGAUUGUCAUCUUCUCCUCCAUGGUUUUUAUGGGGCCAAUGUUGGGACCAUUCAUCGGAGGGUUUAUUAACAAGUCUCACCUCGGAUGGCGAUGGAACCUUUACAUUCCAGGCAUCAUGGGCUCAGCGGCUCUGUGUCUGGUCAUUUUAUUCAUCCAUGAAUCCUACGCACCCGUCGUCCUGGUGGGUAAAGCCUCGGAACUACGCCGCCGGACUAAGAAUUGGGGCAUCCAUGCGAAGCAAGAAGAAGUCGAGGUGGACUUCAAAGAACUCAUCACUAAGAAUUUUUCUCGUCCGAUUCGACUCUUGAUUUCCGAGCCCAUCAUUCUUGCCAUCACCUGCUACAUGUCUUUCAUCUAUGGCCUCCUGUACUGUUUCCUGACGGCCUAUCCUCUGGUCUUCCAAGGUGUCCACCAUAUCACUCCUGGUGUGGCGGGUUUACCCUUUUUUGGAAUGGUCUGUGGAAUCUUCAUUGUUGCAGGCUAUAUCAUUUGGGAUUCCAAGGCCUAUAACAGGAAGCUUGCAGCCAACGGAGGAAUCCCUGUUCCAGAGUGGCGGCUCCCACCGGUCAUGAUUGGGGGAGUGCUGUUCGCCGCUGGCCUUUUCUGGUUUGGCUGGACGGGCUACAAGGCAUCGAUCCCUUGGAUUGUUCCGACCCUGUCUGGUCUGUUUACCGGAUUUGGUCUGUUGGCUAUCUUCAUCUGCUGUUUCAACUACAUUAUUGACUCGUACCUUAUGUUUGCUGCUUCUGCCAUCGCGGCAAACACCUUCCUGCGGUCGUGUCUGGCCGCAGGAUUUCCUCUUUUCGCGCGCCAAAUGUUUGACAACCUCGGUAUUGAGUGGGCCGCCACGCUUCUGGGUUGUAUUGCUGCUAUUUGUGUCCCAAUCCCGGUGUGCUUCUACUUCUUUGGCAAGAAGCUCCGCCAAAGAUCAAAGUUUGCACCUACCAUGGCGAUUCGGAAGCCAGUGGACGAAGAGAGUGGCGGUGAAGAGGAGGAACAGGAAACCAAUAUGGCCGCUUUGCAUGCUACUCGCAGCCGUGCGCACCAUGAUUUGGAGGUGCGGUCGAGGAGAACGCGCACAAACGGUAGUGUGGCGACGACAACCACCAACGCUGGGGUGGAUCCAGAGAAGAGCGCAUAG